AUGAAAAAGACUGGAGACCUGCGGUUUGAGGCUCGUGACCGUGUGCGGUACUCUAGAGACCAGCUGUUGCAGCUUAGAGAGGCUGUUGUAAUCUCUGAUGAGAUUCUAAAAAUCAAACAAGAAAUUGAAACUGAGCUUUUUGGCGAAGAUCAGAGCUGGAGUCGUGGAGAAACCAAUCCUCCAACUCAAUCUCAGAGUCGUUAUUCUGAGCCAGACAAUCGUGAUUGGCGUGGACGCUCUGCUCAAUUUUCUCCAUCUGGAGAGGAGAGGUCCUGGGAUUCUAUUAGAGAAAAUAGAGACUUUGGUGGGAGAUAUGACUCCAGGCAGCAAGAAGGCAAUCAGUCUAAUCGUCAAGACCAACAAAUCUCUUCUAAUCAGGGGGGACCUGCUGCUGCUUUGGUCAGGGCUGAGGUGCCAUGGUCUGCUAGAAGGGGGAAUCUUUCUGAGAAGGACCGUGUCUUGAAGACUAUAAAAGGCAUACUGAACAAGCUUACCCCUGAGAAGUUCGAUGUUCUCAAGGGUCAACUUAUUGACUCUGGAAUUACAUCAGCUGAAAUCUUAAAGGAUGUGAUAUCACUUAUAUUCGAUAAGGCUGUUCUGGAACCCACUUUCUGUCCCAUGUAUGCACAGCUGUGCUCUGAUCUUAAUGCAAAGCUUCCCCUAUUCCCAUCAGAUGAACCUGGAGGGAAAGAGAUCACAUUUAAGCGGGUACUUUUGAAUAACUGUCAGGAGGCAUUUGAGGGUUCUGAUAAAAUGAGGGAGGAAGUAAGGCAGAUGACAGGUCCAGAGCAAGAGCUCGAGCGUAGGGAUAAGGAAAGACUGGUCAAGAUUCGCACUCUUGGAAACAUCCGUUUGAUUGGGGAGCUUCUGAAGCAGAAAAUGGUUACUGAAAAGAUUGUUCAUCAUAUUGUUCAGGAGCUUCUAGGGCCUGAUAAUAAAAUUUGUCCUGCUGAAGAAAAUGUUGAGGCCAUAUGUCAGUUCUUUAACACCAUUGGUAAGCUGCUUGAUGAAAGCCCAAAGUCACGGCGUAUAAAUGAUUUGUACUUUGCUCGAUUGAAGGAGCUGUCAUCAAAUCCUCAGCUGGCUCCUCGACUGAGGUUCAUGGUUCGAGAUGUUCUUGAUCUGCGGACAAACAACUGGAUUCCCAGGCGUGAAGAGGUCAAAGCUAAAACCAUCACAGAGAUACAUUCUGAGGCAGAAAAGAAUCUUGGGUUGCGUCCAGGUGCUACUGCAAGCAUUAGAAAUAACCGAGGUGUUAUUUCUGCUGCUCCAGGGACUGCUGGGCCUGGGGGCUUCCCCAUCAACCGACCUGGCACUGGGGGCAUGAUGCCUGGCAUGCCAGGAACUAGGAGAAUGCCUGGGAUGCCUGGAACUGAUAAUGACAAUUGGGAGAUACCUAGAAACCGUUCAAUGCCUAGGGGUGAUGGUCUUAUGCAGCCUGCUGGACGUGUCCAACCACCAAUAUUUAACAAGUCAACGCCACUAAACACGAGGUUGUUACCUCAGGGCAAUAGUGGUUUUAUGGGUGGAAGGAGUAGUGCCCUCUUGCAGGGAAGUGGCAGUCAUCCUAGGUCAUCCAACUUUGGUUUUGGUGCAGAGGCUCCUGCUCAAGCCCCUGUACCUAGUAAAACUCUUCCUGCUCCUUAUGUGCCUCCAGUUGCAGAGAGACCAGUUGUUCCAGCUGCUAGGGUAAAUCCUGAUGAACUCAGGAGAAAGACGGUCUCGCUCCUGAAUGAAUAUUUCAGUGUCUUUCUUCUGGAUGAGGCAUUGCAAUGUGUGGAGGAGCUGAAGUCUCCAGCUUAUCACCCUGAACUCGUCAAGGAAGCUAUCUCCAUUGCAUUAGAGGCAAACCCACCAUGUGUUGGACCAGUUGCCAAACUUUUGGAAUAUUUGUUUGCCAAGAAGGUCCUCACAGCUGAAGACAUAGGGGCUGGGUGUUUACUCUAUGGUUCUAUGUUGGAUGAUAUUGGCAUUGAUUUGCCAAAGGCACCAAAUAAUUUUGGUGAAAUUAUGGGGAAACUAGUUUUGGUCGGAGGUUUGGACUUUAAAGUGGUAAUAGAGGUCCUUAAGAAGAUGGAGGAUGAUAUGUUCCGGAGAGCUGUAUUUGAGGCAGCAAUAAGGAUCGUUAGUUCAAGUCCAGAUGGGCAACAUGUAUUAGAUACUCAAGCAUCCGAUAUUGAGGCUUGCCGGAGUUUGUUUUAG